UCGUGGGCGGCGAAUUCGACAUGGAGCUGAAUUUCGUGAUACAAGACGCACAGAACAUCAGGCACAUGCUGGAGCUUCUCGAUCAUUGCCCACCCAAUCUCCAGGCUGAAAUAUGGAGCGUCUUUAUUGCAAUUCUGAGAAAAAGCGUCAGAAACUUACAAGCAUGUACGGAUGUGAGUCUCAUAGAACACGUUCUGCAUCGAUUAUCUCGUGCGGAAACUGUUGUCGCUGACUUGUUGAUCGACAUGCUGGGAGUGCUGGCGAGCUACAGUAUAACAGUGAAAGAGUUGAAACUUUUGUUCGGCGCUAUGAAAGCUGUCAAGGGAAAAUGGCCACGGCAUUCGGCGAAAUUGCUAAACGUCCUCCGCCAAAUGCCACAGCGAAACGGGCCCGAUGUAUUUUUCAGUUUCCCUGGUAGAAAAGGGUCGAUCUGCACAACCAGGAAUAUGGCGGCUAACAGCUAUGUCGAACCGUGUGAGCAACGGAAAUGCGACCAAGUUGUACUUAGGAAAAUACACGCGGUUGUCUUGCCGCCGCUGGCAAAGUGGCCGCACGAGAAUGGAUUUACCUUCACCACAUGGUUCCGCUUAGACCCCAUCAACUCUGUUAAUAUCGAACGCGAAAAACCGUACCUCUACUGCUUUAAAACAAGCAAAGGAGUAGGAUACUCUGCGCAUUUCGUAGGGAACUGCUUAGUCCUGACUUCUAUGAAAGUAAAGGGCAAGGGCUUCCAACAUUGUGUCAAAUAUGAAUUUCAGCCACGAAAGUGGUAUAUGAUCGCGGUAGUGUACAUAUACAAUAGGUGGACGAAAAGUGAAAUUAAGUGUCUGGUCAACGGUCAGUUGGCAUCGAGCACGGAAAUGGCAUGGUUCGUCUCGACGAAUGACCCCUUUGACAAAUGCUACAUCGGAGCGACCCCCGAACUGGACGAAGAGCGCGUGUUUUGCGGACAAAUGAGCGCGAUAUAUUUGUUCAGCGAAGCGCUGACGACGCAUCAGAUAUGCGCGAUGCACCGACUGGGACCGGGAUAUAAGAGCCAAUUUCGUUUCGACAACGAGUGCUACUUGAAUCUGCCUGACAAUCAUAAAAGGGUGAGUGACCAGGAUCUCACGAGCAUGGUGGACCAAAGUAUGCAAAUUGUACUUUACGAUGGGAAGCUGUCGAAUGCAAUUGUGUUCAUGUACAAUCCAGUAGCGACGGACUCGCAGCUCUGUUUGCAGAGCGCACCGAAAGGCAACGUUUCCUAUUUUGUACAUACACCGCACGCUCUCAUGCUGCAGGAUGUCAAGGCGGUCAUAACGCACUCGAUUCACAGCACGUUGAACUCGAUAGGCGGUAUACAAGUGCUGUUCCCAUUAUUCUCGCAGUUGGAUAUGCCCUACGACUGCAUAGCGCCGAACGACGUUAAGCGCGAUCCCACGUUAUGUUCGAAACUGCUCGGAUUCAUUUGCGACCUAGUGGAGAGUUCUCAGACGGUUCAACAACACAUGGUACAAAACAGAGGGUUCCUGGUAAUCAGCUUCAUGCUGCAGAAAGCGAGUAGAGAUCACCUCACCACGGAGGUUCUCGCAUCCUUCUUGGAACUCACGAAGCAUUUGGUGACCUGCCUCAGCGCAAACAGCGAUCUGUUAUUAAAACAGUUGUUUUAUUUUUCAUUCCUAACAUGGCAGCUACUGGAUCACGUCCUUUUUAAUCCCGCUCUAUGGAUAUACACGCCAGCACCAGUACAAACGCGGCUCUAUUCGUACCUGGCCACAGAGUUUCUUAGCGACACGCAGAUAUAUUCCAAUGUGAGACGUGUGUCGACGGUGUUGCAAACGGUGCACACUCUUAAGUAUUACUAUUGGGUGGCUAAUCCUCGAUCCAAAAGCGGAAUUACACCAAAAGGACUUGAUGGACCUCGCCCGCAACAGAAGGACAUUCUUACGAUUCGUUCGUAUAUUUUAUUAUUCUUGAAACAACUGAUUAUGAUCGGAAACGGGGUGAAGGACGACGAAUUGCAGAGCAUUCUUAAUUAUUUAACAACGAUGCACGAGGACGAAAAUCUCCACGAUGUUUUACAAAUGCUCAUAUCUUUGAUGUCCGAACACCCCUCGUCGAUGGUGCCCGCAUUCGACGCGAAACAAGGCGUGCGAACGAUUUUCAAGCUCCUGGCGGCGGAGAGCCAACUGAUACGCUUGCAAGCGUUGAAACUGCUAGGAUUCUUCCUCAGCCGCAGUACACACAAACGGAAAUACGAUGUUAUGAGCCCGCAUAAUCUGUACACGUUAUUGGCCGAAAGACUCUUAUUGAACGAGGAGACGCUCUCAUUGCCGACGUACAAUGUUUUAUAUGAGAUCAUGACAGAACACAUCAGUCAACAGAUAUUGUACGCCAGACAUCCUGAGCCCGAAUCCCACUAUCGUCUGGAAAAUCCGAUGAUUCUGAAAGUAGUAGCGACGUUAAUCCGGCAGUCCAAGCAAACGGAGCAGCUGCUAGAGGUGAAGAAGCUCUUUCUCUCGGACAUGACGCUGUUGUGCAACAACAACCGGGAGAAUCGGAGAACGGUGCUGCAGAUGUCCGUGUGGCAGGAGUGGCUCAUCGCCAUGGCUUACAUCCACCCGAAGAAUACGGAGGAGCAGAAAAUAUCCGACAUGGUGUAUUCUCUGUUCCGUAUGCUCCUUCAUCACGCCAUCAAGCACGAAUACGGCGGCUGGCGCGUCUGGGUCGACACGCUGGCCAUCGUCCACUCCAAGGUGUCCUACGAGGAGUUCAAACUUCAGUUCGCCCAAAUGUACGAGCAUUACGAGCGACAGAGGUCCGACAACAUCACCGAUCCCGAGCUGAGGCAGCAACGGCCGAUCAGCACGAUUUCCGGCUGGGACCAACAGCACUCUGGCAAUAACGGCUACAGCAGACCAUCGCCCUGGGGCAAUCAGCAAAAUCAUGAGAUACAACAUAUGGAGAGGAAUUACAAAGAGUUCGACGCGUCCGAGGCGAACGAUCGACUGGAGGAGUCUUGCAGCUGCGACCUCAACUCUAUAGACAACACCGAGAGCGACGGCAGUCCGGCGAUCGUGAAGUCGCGCAGCGAGACCCUGGACACUCUCCAGUCGUGCGAGGUGGUGUCGUUGGACUCCAGAUUGAGCGACAAGCCGGAGACACCGACUAUCGCGCGGGAGAUUCACACGGAAACACCGACCAUCCUCGAGGAAGCGAACAGCGAGGCAGUCUCGCUGCCGACUACGCAGGAGACCAGCGAGGUGAUAUCGAUCGAGAGUUCCAGCGACUUCUACAGCGAAGUGCACAAAAUCGAAAGCUCCAGUCCCGACUCGAUGGUAGCUCAAGAUACACCGAAGAAAGAGGAAGACACAACUGACGAGAAGCAGCCGGUCGCCGUUACGUCGGAGCCCUCUUCGACCGAGCAGAUUAAAGAGAGCGCGGACACGACGGCCGUCGAGUCUGAAGAUGCGAGGAAAAUGACGGAAGACACGGCCGAUGCGGUUCCUACGCCGACAGACAAUGCCGAGGAUCUUCCGGUCGCGGAAGCGGAGGGUAGUAACAUCGACGACAGCCCGACCGAUGCGACCAACACGGAAGAUCCAGUCGAGGCCGCUUCGUCAGCGACCGAGCCGGCCGUUGCGAAGAGCGACGUCACCACCGAAGAAGACACCGUGCCAAUUGUUCCUCCCGACGAGACGCGGGAAGAAACGCUGACGGUGAAGGUGAUCGAGAAGCUCCAGCUGGAGAACGACCGCGAGAUCAUCGACAGCGACACGUCGGAGGCGUACUUAACGCCGACCGAGAAUCAAGAGAGCUCGAGCGAGAUGCGAAGCAGAACGUCCGAAGGCGAGAAAGCCGACGACGACGAGAAGAAGGAGAUUCCCGAGGACGGAGACACCAGCACCGCGCCGGAGACCGGCGAGAACGACACAGGGGAAACUGUAAAAAGUCCUAAUUGCUCAACUAGCAUAGUAGAAGAAAGCGACGAGGCUCGCACGGCGGACGCGGUAAAUCUCGAGAACGAGACGACGGAGGCGGAGCCAAUAAUAGUGAAUAGUGCGUUAAGCGACGAAUGCGCCGUGGAUAUUUUAACCGGGGAUAAAAGUGCUGUUAUUAUUGUUGAUAACGACGUUGACGCGCAGGUAAACGAGAAACAGUCAAGGGAGCCGUCCACUAUUUCUACUAACAUAAGUGAUAAUAAGCCAGACGUUCCGACGACGAUCGACGACGAGGUAGAAGUAACAGAUAGUGUUUGUAGUAAUAGCGAUGUUCAAAGUUCUGUAGAUAACGUGACGCAAGUGCCAAAUCCUAAGCAGCAAAUCCCAACAAUAUCUACGGUCUGUGAUGCAACUAAAAGUUUAUCCGACGGUGUGCCUCAAAUCGUUAGUUCUAAUGUGGUUGCCAGGGACAAUGCGUUAUUGAAUGACUUAACUCCAGAUCACGUAGACACUCAUCGCAGAUCCAGCUUGCCGAUCGUAUCCACGGACACGGCCGCGGAUGACAACGGUCACGAGCCACCAUCCUUGCCUGUGCCCUUACGAAAGACAUCGUCACCCCAGAAACGACCAAGGAGUGCCUCAACGUCCACCCAGGUGGACCCGAAUCAUUUCGAAGCUAAGAGGUCGAAGCAAGGAAAUCCCUCCACACGACCGAUGUUCAGUCCAGGCCCGACGCGACCUCCCUUCAGAAUACCGGAAUUCAAAUGGUCUUACAUACAUCAACGACUACUGUCAGACGUCCUCUUUUCCUUAGAAACAGAUAUUCAAGUGUGGAGAAGCCACUCGACGAAGUCUGUAUUGGAUUUCGUCAACAGCAGCGAAAAUGCCAUUUUCGUGGUGAACACUGUCCAUCUAAUUUCGCAGUUAGCCGACAAUCUCAUCAUAGCCUGCGGUGGUUUAUUACCUUUAUUAGCAUCGGCCACCUCGCCAAAUAGCGAACUGGACGUAAUCGAGCCAACUCAGGGGAUGCCAAUUGAGGUAGCAGUUUCUUUUCUGCAAAGAUUAGUCAACAUGGCUGAUGUGCUCAUAUUCGCCAGCUCGUUGAACUUCGGAGAACUGGAGGCCGAGAAGAAUAUGUCGAGUGGCGGCAUAUUGCGACAAUGUUUACGCUUGGUCUGCACAUGUGCCGUUAGAAACUGCUUAGAGUGUAAAGAACGUGGCAGGUCGUACAGCAUGUUAGGUCGGCAGAUUGGUUCUAGUAAUAAAUCACAACAUAUACAGUCGCUCAUACGUGGAGCUCAAACAUCGCCUAAGAACAUCGUGGAUAAUCUUACGCAUCAGUUGAGUCCUGUGAAGGAUCCCGAGAAAUUGUUGCAAGACAUGGACGUAAAUCGUUUGAGAGCUGUAAUAUACAGAGAUGUUGAAGAAACCAAGCAGGCGCAGUUUCUGUCCUUAGCUAUAGUUUACUUCAUCUCUGUAUUAAUGGUAUCUAAAUAUCGCGACAUAUUGGAACCACCAAUAUCACAGCGUCCUCCCAGUCCAGUGCAAACAAUACAGACGAAUGGCGCCGGUCUCAGGCCAGCUAGUCCUUCAGAUGGGAAUGGUGGUGGAGGAGGGCGGCCCCUAUUUCCACAGUGGUCUCACCACGUGUACCCACAGUUCCUCCCGGGAUCUCACCCUAACGCCAAUGCGAAUGCCAAUGCCAAUGCCAACCAUCACAUCAAUCAGCACCAUCACCAGCACCCGCUACCGGCUGCCAGGCACUCUAGUCGCCAGCCCCCCUCCAACUAUUAUCUCCCGAAUCAUCAUAAUAAUCACUACAACCAUCACCCGAAUAACCAUAACUACCAUCGCCAUCAUCAUUACCACCAUCACAAUAACAACAACCACCACCAUACGCUUCAAAAGCAUAUCGAUCAGCCCCGAAAUCUCUGUCAUAGAAACUCCGGUGUCGGUCUGCAAGGUAGCGGAGGAGGUAUAAUGAGCCAAUCGGGUUCCCAGGAUGAUGGUGAAUAUGAGGUCAUCAUUGUCGACGAGAAUAAUUCUUCGAUUUUGGCUGACCAUGAUGUGACAUCGUCAGGUCCGCCGUCGACCAAGGUAAGUCCGUUCGCACAACUCGUGAUUAUCUAAAAUCCCGAAAUACAACCUGAUAAGAGCGACAGACAUUUGUCCUACCGAACAAAUUCGAAAGAAGUGUACAACGAGAAUAAUUGAACCGAAAUUCUCAGGUAAAAGUCAUCAAUCCCGUCACAUAUGGGAUUCG